GGCACGUGGACUGGGUGGUUUGUUAAAAUGGUGGAUGAAAUCCCGGGGCAGGACUGCCAGCUUGUAUUUCCGAAAGUAUCGGACCAAACGGGACCCUCCAAAUUGCUCUAUUUUGCAAUGGAGUGCAGACACCAAUUUUAACAUGGCGAUGGGCCUCGUGGCUGUUUUGAGGGGUGAUAUUUUCUCUGGAGAGAAAUACCUUCAAAAGUCAUCAGCAAUCAUGAAGGGAGGGUAUGGCUCAGAUGGACUCUUCCAUUGCGUAGCAGGGGAGCUGCGUUAUGAUGACUUUGAUAAGGCGGGAAAAAUUGGCCCCUGGAAAGUGUCCAAGAUAUUGGAAGGCGUUCGCAUGGCUCGUGUCAAAGAACACUUUUCCUCCCUGAAGCAGGAUCAGGGCCCAGUGAUUAUGUUUGUUCGUUCUCAUUGGUUCAAAAUCUAUCCCUCCUUUCACACUCGGCUAGAUGAAGAUGUGUCUUUGAAAUUCAGCAGCUUCACAAGUCACAUCGGGAGGACGUCAUUCUGCGUGGAUGCCAAUGUCUGCAGCCUGAUCACGGGGGAGUUGAUGGCUACCGUCAGUACUCAUUCUGUCAUGGUCUCUGUGGAAACGCGUCGGCCGACACCAAUCCCACCCGAGUUGGUCCAGGUGCAGCAAGUGAUCCCACCCAAGGAAAAGCGCCCAGUGUCCGGACCGGAAUUCCCACCGCGACCCUCCACCUGCUUCACCCAGAAGAGAACGGUGUUGCCCUCUGACACCGACGCCAACAACCACCUGAACCAGGCGGUGUUCAUCCGCUUUUGUUUUGAUUGCGCUGGCAUGGCGGCCAUUGAAGGGAAGUUGCCAAGCUUCGUGGAUGACAUCAUCUACUCCAACACCAAGUCAGUUUGGGUCUUGUAUGUUCAUGAGGCUGAAGUUGGGGAAGAAUUGGCCCUGUCUUGCUGGGAAGACAGUGCUUCGAAGCAAACCAUUUGGGUUGAAAUCUAUCAAGAGUCGCAAGUAGUUGGACAAUGCCAAAUGCAAUUUUAUGAAGAUGAACUGAACAACUCUACCUCUGAGAGCAAAGAAGUACUUGCAGUUUCAAAACUUUAAUUUACUUACAUUUCUAGAACUCUAGUGUCUUACAGGUAGUGCAGUGCAGUUUGUAACUGGCUCAUGUUUUUAUGGGCCUGUUUGUUUUACGCUUAUCGAGAUCGCGAUCAGUGACCUGACAUUGGUUCACUGACAUCAGAACCUGCCUAAUGGAUAGCGCAAAUCAUGUUUUGGAUCAAUAAUCGUUAUCCAGAUCCAUGUGAAACAAACAGACCCUAUACUAAUAUUAAAUUGUGCUCUGUUUUUCUAAGCUAUAAUUUGAUUCAGCUUUUUGACAACGGGUGCUUAAAUCAGGUUUCUAAUCUCCAAUGUGUCUGCUAAACUGAGUAUUCAAGGGGUGUGUCCAACUAUUCUUAAAAGUAAAGUAAAUAUACAUGUAACUUCAUGUAUGAGUUGAGGAGUAGGUAAGUGUUGGUAAAAGAGUGGCCCAUGCUCGUGGGUUAGUUUGUGCAUGAGCAUUCUUUCUGCAGGACAAUUGGUGUCCUUACUGAUGUAGUUACUGGAACAUUAAUAUGCAUUGGAACGUGAUUGCA